AUGGUUGCUGAUCUUUUAGAUCAUGAACAGAGGAAAUGGAACCAUGUCUUAAUUUCUCAGUUGUUUGAUCCCAGGGAUGCUGAAUUAAUUUUACAAAUCCCUGUGAGCAUUAAUUUCAAGGAUGACUGGUUUUGGAAUGGGGAUAUCAGGGGACAAUAUUCGGUUAAAGAUGGCUAUAGAUGCCAGGGUGAGUUGACCAACACCCCAAAAGCAGUUUGGAAUAACAUUUGGAAGCUUAUUAGGGUCCCUCCCAAGUGGAGGAUUUUUCUAUGGAAGGCCCUAUCUAAUAUUUUGCCAACUAUUACCAACUUGGUUAGAAGAAGGGUAGAAAUUCCUAAUAUUUGCCCAGCUUGUGGAGAUUGUGAGGAGGAUGUUAUGCAUAUUUUAUGCACUUGUGUAUAUGCUAGACGUGUGUGGAAUGUUUCACGUCUUCUAAUCCCUAAUGUUGAUAAUUAUGAUUUUAUGCAGUGGGUGGAGGCUUGGUUAGGAUGCUCAGCAACAUCUGCUGGGUUCCUAAAAGAACAAAUUUGCGGAAUACUCUACGAAAUUUGGAGAUCCCGGAAUAUGGCUGUUUGGGAUUCGUUUCUACCGACCCCUACGCAUCUGUGUCACACAUUUCAUGGUUAUUGGUUUGCCUACUCCACAAGCUACUCACCGAUUGCGCCUGCUGUACCCCCAGCUGUUCCCCAACUUCCAACUGUCCAAGCACUGCCGGCUACGCUUCAACCUGCUGCUGUUCUGCCGGUAGCUUUGGAGACGCCGCUGCCGCCUGGAGGUAUAUAUUGCUUCACUGACGCAGGUUUUCACGGUGCAUCCCCAUCUUAUGGUUUUUUCGCAUGCAACGCACACGGUGGAUUGGAGGCAGCUGCAAACGAACCUCUUAUAUGUCCGAAUGAUCCCCUUUUAGCUGAAGCAAUGGCGGUACGUGAGGCCCUAUCGUGGCUACGGGACCACGGUUUUCAGAAUGUUGCGGUUUAUUCAGACUGUGCGGUCCUAGUUUCUUCCUUCCGCGAUGUGACGACCUAUCGUUCGUACCUAGGAAUUAUUUUGGAUUCAUGUUUACAGUUGUUUCGUUCUUUUCAUUCUUGCUCCAUUAAAUUUGUACGCAGAGAUGCCAAUACGGUAGCUCAUGCCUUAGCAAAACAUAGCAGUGCGAUUGACUCUCAUUCUGUCUGGAGGGACUAUCUUCCUUCCUUUGUCUCGCUUACAGUUUAA